GAUCUCCAGUUCAGCGUGAGAAAUUUGGAACGGUGGACUUGGGGGGCGCCGUUGGAACAAAGAUGUAUGAACGGCACAAGAGACGGUACAGCUUGUGUGACAUCUCCAAGGUGGACAGGACCGUGGAUGUGGUGUUGCUGAAGAUAAACCGAGAAAGCUGGUGUACAAUAAAGCCGUGCCCUGAUACAGCGUCUCUGUUGGCCCCCGCACAGAGCCCAGAAUGUGAGAACUUCCUGGAUGUUGGACUGGGCAGAGAAUGUGCCUCAAAACAAGGUGUCCUCAAAAGAGAAUCCGGCAGUGACUCUGACCUCUUUCACUCACCCAGCGAAGAAGUGGACAGCAUCAUCUUCCCCAAGCCCGAGGAAGAGCCGCUGGUCUGUGAUAUCACCGGAUCCAGUUCGUCCACCGAUGACACCGCUUCCUUGGACCGACAUUCUUCUCACGGCAGUGAUGUUUCCCUCCCCCAGAUUUCAAAUUUGAACAGGUCCAGAGAUCAGCAGUGUCUUGACGGCUUCUACAGCCAUGGUGUGGGAGCUGAGGGCCGAGAGAGCGAGGGUGAAGCUGCCGGCUCAGGUGAGAUGGAGGAGGAGGAGAUGGACAGCAUCACCGAGGUGCCCGCGAACUGCUCCGUGCUGAGGAGCUCCAUGCGCUCCCUGUCCCCUUUCCGGAGGCACAGCUGGGGUCCUGGGAAGAACGCGGCCAGUGAUGCCGAAAUGAACCAGCGCAGUUUCAGCCUAGAAGGCUUGGCCGGAGGAGCUGGUGCCGGAAACGAGCCAUCUUCGUCUCUAGGUGUAGACUCUGUAAACACCAAAGAGCUCAGGCACCCUUUCAGUGGGGAAGAAAGGGGUGACUCUUUGGUGUCGCUUUCAGAGGAGGAUCUGGAAUCAGGCCAGAGAGAACACAGGAUGCUUGAUCAGCAGCCGUGUCACAGAUCUAAACAACAGGGAUUCAAUUACUGUACAUCAGCCAUUUCUUCUCCACUAACAAAAUCCAUCUCAUUAAUGACAAUCAGCCAUCCUGGGUUGGACCAUUCACGGCCGUUCCUCGGUACCAGUGCCAACCUGACUGAGAGCAUAACAGAAGAGACCUAUAGUUUCCUGCCACAGAGCCCCUCCAAGAAAGAUUUUGAAGGGAAGAGUGGAACGAAAGUCAGUCGUACAUUCAGCUACAUCAAGAAUAAAAUGUCCAGCAGUAAGAAGAGCAGAGAAAAGGAAAAAGAGAAAGAGAAAAUCAAAGAGAAGGAGAAAGAUUCGAAGGAAAAGGAGAAGGACAAGAAGAUCGUCAACGGGCACACUUUCAGUUCCAUCCCUGUUGUGGGUCCGAUCAGCUGUAGCCAGUGCGUGAAGCCCUUCACCAGCAAGGACGCCUACACGUGUGCAGGUUGCAGUGCUUUUGUCCACAAAGGCUGUAGAGAAAGUCUGGCCUCCUGUGCAAAGGUCAAAAUGAAGCCCAGAGGGAGCCUUCAGGCACAGGACACAUCUUCGCUGCCCACAGUCAUCAUGAGGAGCAAGCCCUCACAGCCCAAGGAGCGUCCUCGAUCCGCUGUCCUCCUGGCGGAUGAAGCCACUGCCAUUCCCAUGUUUGCCAACAGACGGUCCCAACAGAGUGUCUCACUCUCCAAAAGCGUCUCCAUACAGAACAUUGCUGGAGUUGGCAAUGACGAGAACAUAUCAAACACCUGGAAAUUCCUGUCUCAUUCAACAGACUCACUAAAUAAAAUCAGCAAGGUCAAUGAGUCAACAGAGUCACUAACUGACGAGGGAGUAGGUACAGACAUGAAUGAAGGACAGCUAAUGGGGGACUUCGAGAUGGAAUCCAAACAACUAGAAGCCGAGUCCUGGAGUCGCAUAGUGGACAGCAAGUUUCUGAAACAGCAAAAGAAAGAUGUGGUCAAACGGCAAGAAGUGAUUUAUGAGUUGAUGCAGACAGAGUUGCACCACAUCCGGACGCUGAAGAUCAUGAGCGACGUGUACAGCCGGGGGAUGAUGACGGAGCUGCUUUUUGAGCAGCAGACGGUGGAGAAGCUCUUCCCCUGUUUGGAUGAGCUGAUCAGUAUCCAUAGCCAGUUCUUUCAGAGGAUCCUGGAGCGGAAGAAGGAAUCUCUGGUGGAUAAAAGUGAAAAGAACUUUCUCAUCAAGAGGAUGGGAGAUGUGCUUGUAAAUCAGUUUUCAGGGGAGAAUGCAGAGCGCUUAAAGAAGACGUACGGCAAGUUUUGUGGGCAGCAUAACCAGUCUGUGAACUACUUCAAAGACAUUUACACCAAGGACAAGCGGUUCCAGGCCUUUGUGAAGAAGAAGAUGAGCAGCGCCGUCGUGAGGAGGCUGGGAAUCCCAGAGUGCAUAUUGCUGGUGACCCAGCGGAUCACCAAAUACCCAGUUUUAUUCCAAAGAAUAUUGCAGUGUACCAAAGACAAUGACGUGGAGCAGGAAGAUCUGGCUCAGUCCCUGAGCCUGGUGAAGGAUGUGAUUGGAGCUGUGGACAGCAAAGUGGCAAGUUAUGAAAAGAAAGUGCGUCUCAAUGAGAUUUAUACAAAGACAGACAGCAAGUCGAUCAUGAGGAUGAAGAGCGGCCAGAUGUUUGCCAAGGAGGAUUUGAAGCGGAAGAAGCUUGUGCGGGACGGGGCUGUGUUUCUGAAGAACGCAGCAGGAAGGUUGAAAGAGGUUCAGGCAGUUCUGCUUACUGACAUUUUAGUGUUCCUUCAAGAAAAAGACCAGAAAUACGUCUUCGCGUCACUGGACCAGAAAUCAACAGUGAUCUCGUUAAAGAAGCUGAUUGUCAGGGAAGUAGCACAUGAGGAGAAAGGUUUAUUCUUAAUCAGUAUGGGGAUGAAGGACCCAGAGAUGGUGGAAGUGCAUGCCAGCUCCAAGGAGGAGCGAAACAGCUGGAUUCAGAUCGUUCAGGACACGAUCAACACCCUGAACAGAGAUGAAGAUGAAGGAAUUCCUAGCGAGAAUGAGGAAGAAAAGAGGAUGCUGGACACCAAAGCCCGAGAACUGAAAGAGCAACUUCAACAGAAGGACCAGCAGAUCCUCCUCUUAUUGGAAGAGAAGGAGAUGAUUUUCCGAGACAUGGCUGAGUGCAGCGCCCCCUUGCCGGAGGAUUGCUCCCCAACUCACAGCUCUAGAAUCCUCUUCCGCUCCAACACAGAAGAGGCUCUCAAAGGAGGACCUUUAAUGAAAAGUGCAAUAAAUGAGGUGGAGAUCCUUCAAGGUUUGGUGAGUGGAAGCCUGGGAGGCACGCUUGGGCAGGCUGUCAGUAGCCCUGCUGAGCAAGAAGGCAUGGUUGGUCCUGUUUCCUUGCCCCGGAGAGCAGAGACCUUUGGAGGAUUUGACAGCCACCAGAUGAAUGCUUCAAAAGGAGGUGAGAAGGAAGAGGGGGAGGAUGGCCAAGAUCUGAGGAGAACCGAAUCCGAUAGUGGUCUGAAAAAGGGUGGAAAUGCUAACGUGGUAUUUAUGCUUAAAAGAAACAGUGAGCAGGUUGUCCAGAGUGUCGUUCAUCUCCACGAACUCCUCAGCACGCUGCAGGGCGUGGUGCUGCAGCAGGACAGCUACAUCGAGGACCAGAAGCUGCUGCUGGCCGAGCGCGUUCUCGCGCGGAGCUUGUCGCGCCCCAGCUCCCUGGUGGAGCAGGAGAAGCAGCGCAGCCUGGAGAAGCAGCGCCAGGACCUGGCCAACCUGCAGAGGCAGCAGGCACAGCACCAGGAGGAGAAGCGGCGGCGCGAGCGCGAGUGGGAGGCCCGCGAGAGGGCGCUGCAGGAGCGCGAGGCCCGGCUGGCGCAGCGCGAGCAGGACGUGCGGCGCGGCCAGCAGGACCUGGAGCGCGAGCGCGACGAGCUGCAGCACCGGAAGGGCGCCUACCAGUGCGACCUGGAGAGGCUGCGCGCCGCGCAGAAGCAGCUGGAGCGGGAGCAGGAGCAGCUGAGGCGCGACGCCGAGCGCCUCAGCCAGAGGCAGGCGGAGCACGACGCCUGUCAGGUGACACAUCAGCACACCAAGCUGCUGAGGAUCCCAUCCUUCCUUCCGAAUCCUGAGGAGUCCCCCUCGCCAUCUGCACCUUCGGUCGCCAAAUCAGGAUCCCUGGACUCGGAACUCUCGGUGUCCCCAAAAAGGAACAGCCUCUCUCGGACACACAAAGAUAAGGGGCCUUUUCACAUACUGAGUCCCGCCGGCCAGACCAACAAAGUGCCAGAGGGUCAGAGCCAGACCCCCGUGCCCACCUCCACCUCCACCCGCCUGUUUGGGUUGGCUAAGCCAAAGGACAAGAAGGAGAAAAAGAAGAACAAAAAAGGCAGCCGCUCUCAGCCUGGUGAUGGCCCCCCGUCCGAAGUGCCCGCGGAGGGUGAAGAGAUCUUCUGCUGACCCUGCCCUCUGCCAUGACCACUGCCUCCUGUCCAGCCCCGCCUCUCCUGCUGUUCCUGGGUGUGGUCUCUUACUUUGGACACCCGAGCUGCCCCAGGUCCUGGACCAGAGGGACAAAUGGUCUCGAAUGUCAGGGUGGGGCAGGAGACCCGGGAUUGGCGGCUGCCGACGGCUCCUGGCUCGGGGCGGCCCUACUGAGGAUGUUACACUGAAAGUAGGUGGCCCCAGAAGUCAGGCGAUGGUUUUGGACAUGUCAGGAAUCUCUAAAGGCUGAAAGAAGUUUCUAAAUAAGGUCUGAAAUUCUACCUGCCUUUUAUUUGAGGGACACAAGCAACAGUCAAACAGCAGAUAGUUUGAAUUUGGUCUGUGUACAUAGUUACCUGUCUGCAUAUACAUGUGCGUGCCAGAAUUAGGCGCCGUCUGUAGCAGGGGCCUGGUUGGCUUGGCGCAGGAGGUGCCACUCGGCCCUGCUCCGGGAGCACGCGGGCGCUCGGCACGUCCCCCCCUCCCUUGUCCUCCAAGGCGGUUUUCCUGUCACCCUAUCCCGUGCACACCUCCCCUCUUUCUGCAUGUAUUUCUCAUUUCAUUUUAGAAGGGCUGGCAAGCAUUUGUGAAAACCAGUGAGAGAAGGCAUGAUGUGUUCAAAAAACAUAUAUAUACACACACACAAACGUGUGUGUGUAUAUACAUAUCUGUACCAUCUUGAUUUUGGUGUUCGUCAUUAAAAAAAAAAAAAAACCUAAUUUUAACAUGAAAUCCAAAGAAAUCAUAGACUGCCUUUCCAAGAUGUUUGCCCACAUACUCUGGGCACAGAUGCAGUCUCCUCGUCCUUACUCCUGCAUUGUGCCACUUUCUGGUUGUCACUGACCCCCGACCUCCUGGCACCAUCCCAGGGGAAGCCGCUGCUUCACAGCAAGGUUGUCCCCACCCCUGCACUAGGGCCCCCGGCCCCUCUGUCAUUUUUACACCGGGAAAGCCCGAGAGGGAGCUGGCCCAGGUGUGGCUGGGAAACUUGCUCAUUCGGUAUCAGGAGGCCAGGGCAGAAUUUGAUUUCUUAACCCAUUUUCCAAAUCUAAAGGUCUGUUGGUUAUUGUACCCCACCCCCUUGAAGGUGCCAGAUGUGGCCUGCUUUCUCUGCGCUUUCCCGCACUGUUGGUGAUCUGUUUUGCUUGAGGCUCGUGAGCAGCUGCUGGGAGCAGGAUGGUUCGUGGAGUUCUCUGAGGUCCCCUCUCCUUGCUGGACUCACUACUCCCUGUGAGGGGAGACCCUGGAGAAGUCUGUGCUUUCGGUGUGCCCUUCAUCCCUGCUUCUCACCCCUCAGGAGCGUGGGUCUUUGAACAUACUUUUUAGAAAAACGAAAUCUGUAACUUGGUGCUUGUUGAUGAAUUGCAAGCUGGCCUUGCAGAUGGAGAUAUUUAUCUUUCAGUUUAUUUGAAAGAGGUCUGGUUUAAAAUUUUUAGCUUA